AAUUUAUUCUGUGGUAAUAGUGUUAACCUGCAAAAAACCCGUUUUCUAUCAACUUCACGUGUUAAGUUUACAAAUCGUUCAAGAUGCCACUAUCCUGUCGUUUCUACAAGGAAAAAUAUCCAGAAGUGGAAGAUGUCGUUAUGGUUAAUGUACGGUCGAUUGCCGAAAUGGGCGCCUACGUUCACUUAUUAGAAUAUAACAACAUCGAAGGGAUGAUUCUCUUAUCCGAAUUGUCGAGGAGACGUAUUCGUUCGAUUAACAAAUUAAUUCGUGUGGGGAAAACGGAGCCCGUUGUUGUUAUUAGGGUGGACAAAGAGAAAGGUUAUAUUGAUUUGUCCAAGCGACGUGUAAGUACAGAGGAUGUUGAAAAGUGUACAGAACGAUUUGCCAAAGCAAAGGCUGUCAAUUCAAUUUUGAGGCACGUAGCUGAACUAUUAAAGUACGAAUCAGACUCCGAGUUGGAAGAACUUUAUCAGAAGACAGCGUGGCACUUUGAGGAGAAGUAUAAGAAGAACAAGGCGAGUGCGUAUGACUUUUUUAAACAAGCUGUUGUAGAUCCCAGCAUUUUGGCAGAGUGUGGCUUAGAUGAUAAAACUAAAGAUAUUCUUUUAAGUAACAUUAGGCGUAAACUUACAUCUCAAGCUGUUAAGAUUCGUGCGGAUAUUGAAUGCGCCUGUUACGGAUAUGAGGGUAUUGAUGCUGUUAAAACUGCUCUGAAAACCGGUUUAGCACUGUCAACUGAAGAAUUGCCUAUAAAAAUUAAUCUUAUUGCGCCUCCUUUGUAUGUUAUGACAACCUCCACACCUGAAAAGCAAGAUGGAUUGAAGGCCUUGCAAGUGGCAAUUGAAACUAUCGAACAAAGUAUUACCCAACUGGGUGGUGUAUUUAAAGUGCAAAUGGCUCCGAAAGUUGUAACUGCUAUGGACGAUGCAGAAUUAGCGAGAAAAAUGGAACGGGCAGAAGCUGAAAAUGCUGAGGUUGAAGGUGAUGACGAUGAUGAUGAAGAGGAGGAAGAAGGUCAGGCAUUUAGUGAAGGUGAGAAUGGAGCAGAAGAUGAAGAGGACUAAAUUAAUUUUAAGGAUACAUAUUAAAAAAACAUGUAUCUCAAACAUUUUUUAAAUAUAAUUUAAAACAAAUUAAA